AUGAUCACAUUUCCGGAAUAUAAAAUAAAUAAUCAAACAAUUUUACAAGAACAAUUUGAUGAAACUUAUGAACCAACUCAAGAAGAAAUUCGUGAAUAUGCGAUUUAUAUUGGUAUUGAUCCUGAGAAAGAACCUAAUCUUCUUUGGUUAGCGAAAGAAGGUAUUUUAAAACCAUUACCACCUGGAUGGAAACCAUGUCAAGAAGAGAAUGGUGAAUUAUAUUAUUUUAAUUUUGAUACUGGUAAAUCAUCAUGGGAUCAUCCAUGUGAUGAAAUUUAUAAAGCACAUGUUGUUGAAGAACGCCGAAAACAAUCAUCAUCAUCAAAUCUACUUGAUACAAAUCCAAGAGGUACUCUUACUAAAACAGAUUCAUCGACUGUAAGUGAUUAUAUAUCAGGCGGGAAAAGACCAUAUACAAUGGGAAAUAAUUAUAAUACACCUGUCGUUACAAGAAAUGUCGUACAAGGGAAUAAAAUUGAUUCUCAAUAUGUUAACAGUGAUAAUGAUGAAAUUGAAGAAGAAUUAAUAAAUAGUGAAGAUGAUGAUGAUGAACAAAGUAGUGAUGAUUUUCGAAGAAGAGUUGAUUUUGGUAUAGAUCCAUUACUUUCUGCACGUAUUGAACAUGGUGAAAAAGAAGCUAUUACAGCAUCUGCACUUGCUGCAUCCCGUUCAUUAAAUUCAAUGGAAAAUACUGAUAAAAAACAUGAUUAUCAAAACGAUUUUGAUGAUGAUGAUGAAGAUAAUGAACGUAAAAGACGUGCAGAUUUAGCUGCUGAAGCUGCACUACGUCGUCUAUCAAAUGGAACCGUACAUAAACCAGAAACUACUUUAACUAAUGAAGAUACAUUUAUUACUCCACGUGAAGAAGUUGAUUUAACAAAACUUCGAAUGCGACUUGAACAAUCUACGAAUGAAGAAAAAUUACAAAUACUUGAAGAGAAUGAUAAAUAUCUUGAAAGAUUAAGAAAUGAAUUACGUUCAGAUAAAGAAAAACAAGAACGAACAUUACGUGAUAAAAUGAAAGCUGAUUUAAAUUCAAUUGAAAAUGAUAUACGUGAUAGUAUUGUACAAGAAAAAAAAUUAUUAGAAAUUCGAAAACAAGAAGAAAUCAAUCAAAUGAAACAAACAAUUGAAAGAGAAAAAGAUGAACUUCAAAAAAAAUUACGGGCAAGUAUGCAAUCUGAUCUCGAUGUGUAUAAAGGUACACUUGAACAACAAAGUAAUCUAAGUUCACAACUUCGUUCUGUACAAGAUAAACUUGCACGAGAUAAAAAUGAUUAUGAAGAGAAAUUACGUCAAAUGGAAAAUCGACAUAAAAAUGAAAUUGAUGAUUUGACUCGACGUUAUGAACAAGCGAAAGCAGAUAGAGAUAAAUUAGAAAAACAUAUGAAAGAGAAAGAUAAUCUUCAUUCAACAUUACAACGAACAAUAGAUCAACUACGUGCAGAUAAAGCAUCUGUUGACCGAAAAUUACAAGAUGCUGAAGUACAAUUGAAAGCAAUUGAUGAUAGUAAUCGACAAAUGAAAUCAUCAAUUGUUCGUA